UCUUUUGAACGCAGAAGAGAAGUUAAAAGAAAACCCUAGAAAUAUAAAAAGGGUCUCCGGCGGUUCGAGAGAGGCUUCAUUUGUUAGUGAAGAUGUCGGACGAAGAGCACCAGUUUGAAUCAAAGGCAGAUGCCGGAGCUUCCAAAACUUACCCUCAACAAGCUGGUACUAUCCGUAAGAACGGUUACAUUGUCAUCAAAUCCCGUCCUUGCAAGGUUGUGGAAGUCUCAACUUCCAAGACUGGCAAGCAUGGACACGCCAAAUGUCACUUUGUUGCAAUUGAUAUCUUCACUGGCAAGAAACUUGAGGAUAUUGUUCCCUCUUCACACAAUUGUGAUGUCCCCCAUGUUAAUCGUACAGAUUACCAGCUUAUUGACAUCUCCGAGGAUGGAUUUGUGAGUCUCCUCACUGACAAUGGUAAUACUAAGGAUGACCUGAGGCUUCCAACAGAUGAGAGUCUUCUUACACAGAUCAAGGAUGGAUUCGCCGAGGGUAAAGACCUUGUUGUGUCUGUCAUGUCUGCCAUGGGUGAGGAGCAGAUUAAUGCACUGAAGGAUAUUGGUCCAAAGUAAAUAUGUUAAGGGAGAGGAGGAGGGAUAUGACAGUAGCGGAAACAGAAUACGGGACCAGCUUGUUUGAGAACAUCUACUUCUACUUAGUGUUCUUGAUACUGUUUGAUCCCAUAUCGAUAGUCCUUGAUUUGUUGGAAUUUUAUCUGUUUGUGUUUUAAAUGUUUUCAAAUGUGGGGUGGGAGAAGUUAAUCUGGCAUUAUACACAAUUUUGCACCUUUUGUUUUUAUGGAGCUAGAAAUUGUCAUAUUAAGCAUUAAGAUCGUUGUAAUUCUAUUUUCCUGCAUCUACAUCAGGUUAACCUCUUCUUUUCUUAA